AUGGACCUGCUGAACGUCAGCACUCCGCAGUCUGUGGAGUCUGGCGCUCAAAACAACAUUGAUAGUGCCCCUUUAGCGACUUCUGCUACGGAGCCAGAUAAAGUAAUAAACAUUAAAAUUGAUAGUACCCAGAUUGGAGGAAAUGCAAGUGACGAGGAACUCUUGAAAGGUCUCCUUACUGACCAACGCUGCCAUGUGUGUGAAGCUGUGCUGUUGUUUGAGUCUCAGCGGCUGUCACAUUAUGAGGGAAAAAAACAUGCCCAGAAGUUGAAGCUGUACUUGCAUAACAAGAGAGAUGAAAUGAGACAUACAGAUUCGGCUGGACUGCUGCACAGCAUGCCGACUGAUAAGGAUCGUUUUUGUGAGCUGUGUAACAUGGUGUUUACAUCUCCUGUGGUAGCAAAGUCACAUUAUGAAGGCAAAGUCCACACCAAAAAUCUCCGAAAACAAAGUAUUCAUAAGCCAGAGAAUAACACAGAGGUCAGUACUUUACCCUGUCCUUCGGUGGACUGUGCUACUGAAGACCACAUAUCAGGAUCAGGGAACAGUACAGACCUGACAACUAAUCCAAAUGCAGCCAGUUCAGACUCAAACAAGUACUGUGUUUUGUGUGAGGCCUCCUUCAAUAAUCCCCAAAUGGCACUGCAACACUACAAUGGCCGCAAGCACCAAAGGAAGAAGGCCAGACAGGAGAUGUUCAAAGAGCUUGAAGUUGUCCAUGAAGAGAAUCCUCUGUCAUGCGUCAUAUGUAAUUUGCAAUUCAACUCUGUGGAAAUGUACCAAGCCCAUAUGCAGGGGAACAAGCACCACACCAGGGAGAAAAAGGUCUUCAAACUGUGCAAAUCCCGACAGAAAUCCUAUAGCACAUUCACCGAUGAACUUGCGCAUUACAUCGAAGUCCAGAAAGCUCGUGGACUCGCACCCAAGAUUGGCCUGACUCUGUCUAAGGAUGAACCGCGGAAAGGAGGUGAUCAAGUAGAUGCGGUAGCGGAUUUAGACAAGGGGCAUAUGACACGAGGCCAGACCAUGGCUAACCUUUUUCCCACGUAUUACCCUCACCCACCAAAUUGUGCCCCUCACUUCACUGUAGAAGGUUUCCAAACUCUGUAUAUGGGCCCUCCAUGGCCGUCCAGGGGUUGGGACUGCAAUCCUCCUCCAUCUUUCGCAAACUUAAAACCUUCACUGGAAUCUGCUGCUCCACCUCUGAAGAGACACAGAAAGUGCUCAAGCUCCUCCUCGUAUUCUUCCGCAUCAUCUUCCUCUUCCUCGUAUUCCUCCUUCACAAGCAGUGGAGCAAGUGACAGUGAGGAGGGUGAACACAGACAAAGACAGAGGCGAAGGACCAAAAGAUCCAGGAGGGAAAGAGGCAGUCCAUCAAGAGCUGCAUGCUCAGAAAAGGCAAGCCGCAGGCAACAAAAGAGAGCAAGAGAUGAUCACUCAGAGGAGAGGAGGAGAGAUGAUAAUAGGGGACCAGGGGAAGAGAGGAGAAAGAAGGGCAAAUACCACAGCAAGCAGAGAUGGCAAGAAAGGAAACUAGUAGAGGAAAAAGUGAAGGACAGCGUAGCGCCACCUGACAUGAUGGAAACUAGACAAGAGACGGAAGCGAAUGUUGUGCAGCCGAAUGACAAACAGGAACAACACGUCAAUUUUAAAUUUAGAAAAGACAAAAAGAAAACAAAAAUGAUAGACAAUAGGACGGAGGAGGAGAGGUUGUGGGAUGAUUCCAUUCUGGGUUGUUAAACCCGGGAAGUGGAU